UUACCUAAAAAGUGAUAUAUAUAUAUAUAUUCAUCAAAUCAGCGAUCUGAUCUUGCUAGGAAGUUCCAAUUUCUAAUCAUGAGAAUAACGCGUUGUAACUCCUGCUGAACGGCGGAGAAACUGUGACGAAUAUAUCAGUGCGGUAUCACACACUGUGACUGUGAGUCUGACAAGCAAGUGCUGCCACAGUUAUUCACCGCUGGAGAUAGCUGGAGAUAACAUAAAUUGCCACUGCAAGGAGCAAGAGACUGGUAAGACUAGUAUUGGCUUGGGUCGGAUUAUCCCAGGGCGUCGAUGCUUAUCAAUUGACAGUUACGAUACUCGCAGUGCAUUUUCACAGCAGUCUGGUCACACUCACUGUAGUCUCGUUAUACGACGGUCAAACCUACAAAUAUCAGGACGCACAGGCAAUGUCUACGCAAACUUGAAAGGAGGAUCGCGCGAGUCAUUAUUGAGUUGUUGUUUCUGCCGUUAUUAAGUGUAUUUGGUGCAAUGUUUUGGUCAUGGUUGAGUGUCGCUGUUCUCCUAAUCACACAGUAUGCAAUACUUGCCCAAGGCAAGGGUUUAAAAGUUCUUCCUGAAGGUGGUUAUUAUAAAAGAGAUGCGAAAGUGCAUCUGUCCUGCGUCACAACCACUAAUAAAACUCGGCCAAACUCAGUAAUAUGGUACAAGAAUAACGAGAUUGUCCCAGAUAAUGAAAACAUUGUAGUCGAUAAUAAUAAUGGAUCAUUGACUAUCAUGAAAUUCCAGCCGCAUGAUGAGGGAUAUUACCUUUGUGAGAUACAUCAAGGAGAAUUCAGACAAAGCCCAGUGGUUGCUGUCAUCCUCUUUGUUCCUUUGUACUUAGUUCAACGACCAGUAGAUGUGAUCACUCGUCGUGGUACCGUUGCCACAUUUUACUGUUUUGCUGAUGGUAGUCCUAAACCUGAAUUAUUAUGGCGAAGAGGCGAUGUGUAUUUAAAACCAGGCGAAAGUUUUGGUAAAAUUCAAGUUCUGCAGGAUGGUACGUUAGAGGUUAUUAAUGUCCAGAUCAUGGAUGAUGGUGUUUACACAUGUAUCGCCACCAAUAACAUGAGCCAGCCUCUGAUAAGUGAAGCAAGAUUAACUGUGACGUAUCCACCUGUCAUUGUAAACAUGAGCAGUAAUGUAACUGCAACAAGACAUGGCAGGCUGACUUUACAAUGCGAAGUAAAAGGUUCUCCCAUGCCAACUGUCACUUGGGUAACAGCAGAUAAUAUUGAAAGUCGUUAUUCUGAGAUGAUGACACAAGAUGGACUGCAUUAUUUGAGCAUUGAUCCCGUUCAAAAUAAUCACGAAGGAAGGUUCAUCUGUGAAGCAAGAAAUAAAUAUGGCGUAGCAAGAAAAGAGUUGUUUGUGAAUGUCGAAGACCGCCAAUGUCAUCCAAACAACGAAUUUACCUGUAUUGACCAAGGCAGACAAACCCAAUGUAUUCCAAAAGCGUGGGUCUGUGAUAUGGAUAACGAUUGUGCUGAUAGUAUUGAUGAACAAAAUUGUGUUGAUAUAAAACCAUGCUCGUCUUUCUAUGAUUUUGCCUGUACAAAUGGACGUUGUAUUCCCUGGAGACUGACAUGUGAUGGUGAUGAUGACUGUGGGGAUAAUACAGAUGAACAUCGAGAUUCCUGCUUUCACAAAUGUAACAGUUCAAUAUUUUUUACAUGUCGAAAUUGGAAAUGCCUUCCAAAACUAUGGCGUUGUGACAAUCAUGAUGAUUGCGGAGACGGCAGUGACGAAAUGGGAUGUGAUAGUGAAACAUCGUGUCUAACAGACGAAUUUCAAUGUAACGAAAGCAAGAAAUGUAUAAAAAAAUCGUGGAUCUGUGACAAAGAUAAAGAUUGUUCUGAUGGAUCAGAUGAAAGAGACUGCGAAUACGCAGCAUGUGGUGCUGAUAGUUCUAUGUUUCCAUGUCAUAAUGGCGAGUGUAUCCCGUUGCCAUGGAAAUGUGAUGGCGAAUAUGAUUGUAGUGAUAGAUCAGAUGAAAUUGAAUGCGAAGCAGAACCUCAAGGUCAAGUUCCCCCAAAAAUGUGCAACAAGGAUGACCACUUGUGUGACAAUGUCUGGUGUAUACAUAGUUCGUGGUUAUGUGAUGGUGACAGAGAUUGUAGAGAUGGUUCUGAUGAAAGAAACUGCGGUACCUCUCCACUGUUGAGUUCUCGAUGUCGUCAAGAUGAACAUGAGUGUGGUGAAGAAUGUGUCUCGGGAAAUAAGAUUUGUGAUGGAAUCGUUGAUUGUUUGGAUGGGUCUGAUGAAAACGCAUGCCAAGAGUACAUCCUGUAUAGUACACAAAAUAGCAUUAACAGGCUGGAUUUACAUGACUACAGUUCUAGAGUUUUGUUUAAUGAACUGCCAAAUGCUGUAGCGAUUGAUUUUGACAUUGAACAAGAGAUGGUGUACUGGACGGAUAUACAUCACGAUAGUUUACACCGGGCUAAAAUUGAAGCAGAAGAUAAUUCUUAUGAGACUGUGAUAAAGUUCAAUUUGGCAAGUCCUGAAGGAAUAGCGGUGGACUGGGUUGGAAGUAAGCUAUACUGGACUGAUAGAACUCCAGGAAAGAUUGAAGUUUCUGAACUGGAUGGACGUAACCGUGCUGUGUUGGUCGGUGAAGACGUUCAAAACCCAAGAGCGAUCGUUGUUUAUCCAAAAUACAGAUUGUUAUUCUGGACAGAAUGGAAAGAGGGUUCCGAACAAAUAGAACGAUGUGGAAUGGAUGGAGAUCCUAACACACGAGAGGUUUUGGUAAGUAGUAAUAUCUCAUGGCCGAAUGGUUUGACCAUUGAUUACCAAGUGGAGCGGCUGUGGUGGGUGGAUGCUAAGAUGGAUAGAAUUGAAAGUAUAAAUCUCGAUGGAACAGAAAGAAGGAUUGAGAUUAGUCGCACGAAUGGAGAACUGGAACAUCCGUUUUCUGUCGCAGUUUUUGGGCAAAGUAUUUUCUGGACUGAGUGGACAGAAAAAUGUAUUUACGAAACAAAGAAAGGUUCAAACGGACGAAUAACAAUUGCGCAACGUGUACAAGACCUGCUUCCAAUGGAUAUAAAGAUAGUACAUCCACAUCAGCAACUCAAAGAACGUAAUCCUUGUGGCUUAAACAAUGGACAGUGUAGUCAUCUUUGUCUUUUAUCACCAAACAAAAAACAGUCGUAUUCCUGUUUCUGUCCUACUGGUAUGAAACUAUGGAAAGACAAGAAAACCUGUACAAUACAAGACAGUCCUCCAUACAUAUUGUUUGCAAAUAGUGUUGGAAUAUUCUACUCAAAUGUUGAUUUGCAACACAUCAGUCCAGUUUUAGCCGGAAUUGCUGGUGGUGCCGCUGCAAUUGAUGUUGAUCUUAAGAAAAAAUAUCUAUACUGGUCAAAUGUCGUGAAUGAUACCAUAAAACGUGUUUCCUUAAGUCAUAUUGGUGCCGUCGAAACGAUCAUUUCAGAUAAUCUGGAGUCGGUGGAUGGGAUAGCUUAUGAUUGGGUUAACAGAAAGUUGUACUGGACAGAUGGGAAAAGACGGGUGAUUGAGGUUGCCGACCCUGAAGAGCCAAACUCAAGAUUGACUCUGAUUGAUGAAAAUCUUAACAAACCAAGAGCGAUUGUUUUACACCCAAAAACAAGAUACAUGUAUUGGACUGACUGGGGUGUGAAUGCUCAGAUUGAACGAUGCGGAAUGAAUGGUGAUAUAGCUACAAGAGAAACUGUGGUUAAAGGAAUGUUUGGUUUUCCAAAUGGACUUGCAAUUGAUUAUAACGAAGAGAAGUUAUGGUGGGCAGACGCCAUGUUGGAUAAAAUUGAGACGUCAAAUUUGGACGGUUCAUUAAGAAGAAUCGUUGUUGCAGAAGAAUCAAUUCAUCCAUUUGGUUUGAUAGUUUAUAACAGUUCUAUAAUAUGGACGGACUGGGUGGCUAAUAAAAUCUUCAAGGCAGAUAAAUUGGCUGGAAAAAUCUAUUUUUCAAAAGGCGUUGGAUCAUUUCGACCAACAGGAAUCAGAGUCGUGCACGAACAGAUGUAUCCUAGAGAAACCAAUCCUUGCGGCAGAAAGAAGAAAGGUUGUAGCCAUCUUUGUUUACUCAAUCCCAGACCUCCGUAUUACAGCUGCCGCUGUCCUAAUGAGAUGUUAAUUCUGCCAGAUAAAAAAACGUGUAGACUGAGAGGACUAUAGGAUGAAGUAUUUAAGUACAGCUUAUUAAUAUACGAAUAUAUCAGCAGACGAGAUAGAACUAAAGUUUACAUAUAUUGAAAUUACUAUUUAAAUACACGCCAAUCAUAAUACGUUGGCAUCAUUUAUAUCAUCCUCUUCCUGCAUCAAGUUUAUAAUCAUGCAGAUGCAAAAGUACGUAAAAAUGUUAUGUAUACGAAUUCAUAGUCAAUAUAGUGCCAAUUAACAUACUUUCCAGCAAGAUAAGUAUUAUUAUUCGCUAAAUAAAUAUGGCUUAGGCCUUAGGCUGAAUGCCUUCAUAACAACUUGUUUAAAGUAAAUUCUUCCGAAAUAACUGAAGAGCAGCGAAGCAGCUCAGUUUUCCAACAACUCGACGUUGCAACAUAAAGGCCUCCGUUAUUAACUAUUUGUGAGUCUUUUAGGAAUUUCAGAAUUCAGAGCUGAGAAUGAGGUGAAUAACUUCAAGUCAACAGGAGGUGAGGAAGGCUUUGUG